AAAAAAAGAACUGGGUACAAUUACGCUGUCCUUUAAAACUGGAGGUUGGCCCUAUGGAGCCCCUUCUAUACUGGGUUCCAGGAACUGUCCUAACAGGAAUAGACUUGCAUUCUGGGUAUGGGUUUGCUUUUCCUGCCUGCAAGGCCUCAGCCUGACCCUCUCUCCAGUUUCCCACCGCAUAAGGACCCUCCUAACUCUUUGACCCAGGGCACUGCUUCACGGCAGAGGUCCCAGAGUGGACCCAUGACUCGGGGGCCCACUGGUCAAGCCUUGGACUGCACCACCCAGAAGCUGCAAGCUGAGGGUAUACGCAUUAAACCAGAGCCCCCAAUGAGGCACUGUGUCCCCAGUGGGAAGAAUUCAUAGGUCCAGGUGUGGCAGCACCACCGGUAGCUUCCUGUCCUUGCAGCUUCCGGCUCUGUGGUUUGGGUGUCCUGGACGCGAUUCCGACUGAAUUAACUCUGGGUGCCCCCGGCCUACGGUUCCAUGGGUCCAGGCGCUAGUGGGACCCAAGAGAGGGACGCCUAAGGAACGGAGCCAAGUGAUAUUGUUGGCUGUCUGAGACCCUGACACGAACAAGACCAGCAUCCCGGCCAGCGAAAGGAAACCUGGAGACGAGGGUCCUGCCGCUUCGGGGUCCGGCCCCAACCUCAAGGGCAGCCCCGACCUGGCGCAUCCAGGCAGCCGGGUCUGGUCCCCCAGGGUGUGUCUCGGAGCUCGUGAAGGCAACUCAGCGCGGGGUCCCCCACAUCGGCCUUAGGCUCCCGGGGACGUGCACCUGCCUCCGGGGCAGCCUGAGCAGGAGCCCCACUGCCCACUUGCGCGGGGCCCUUCAAACCGACCAAUCAUAGCGAGCGCCCAGCUGCCGCGCCCCGUUCAUUGGUCCUGCCCGAAGAGGCGGGAGCUGACCGCGCGCCAAUCGGAGGGACGGGCACAGGCGUGGCGCUCCGUUGGGCCACGCCUUCCUGAGCGCGCCACUCUGAGCGCCAGUGCGCGAGGGCAGGAAUACGGCCCCUGAUUGGCCGCAGGCCGGGUGUACGCCCAGGGGCGGGGCCGGGCGCAGGGCGGGCUCACAUCUGCGUGACAGUUGUCGUGGGGGGAGGGUGAGCCCAAGAGAGGGGGAGGGAGUGUAAAUAGAGCGAAGGCGGCGGCCCAUCGGCCCCGCCACUUCUAGGCAACCCGCGAAGCGCAUCAGAGGAAGAUGGAAGAUGAGCAAGAGCAGCGACGCAGAAAGGUGGAGGCCGGGAGAGCGAAGCUUGCUCACUUCCGACAGCGGAAAACAAAAGGUGACUGUGCGCAUUCGAAGAAAAAGACGGCGAAGAGGAAGGGCCCGGCUGUCGAUGCGCCUGUCCAGGAGGAGAGUGCGGUAGCUGCCGCGGAUGGCGGGCUCGUGGGAGGACCGGACGUUUGCAGCGACACCCCUGAUGGCGGAGGAGCAGCUCAGCUGGGGGACGCCCCCGGAGAGAGGCCGGAGGACCCGGCGAGGCCGCCGCAGCAGCUGGACGGCGCCCGACAGGAGCAGCCUGGGCUCGUCACUAAGCCCGUGCCGCCGCUGGAGCUGGAGGCGCUGCGCCUGAGCCUGAGCCACGCGCACGCGGCGCAGCUGGAACGCACGCAGGCCGCCCUGCAGCGCGAGAAGGAGGCGGCGCUGAGCGAGCUGCGCGCCGCGCUGCUGGGCCGCCUGGCCCAGGAACGGGCGCUGCUGCAGAGCGGCGCGCAGCGGGAGCUGGAGCUGGUCCGGGAGCAGCACGGCCGCGAGACAGCUGAGCUGAAGGAGAAGCUGCGAUCAGAAAUGGAGAAAAAUGUCCAGAUGAUAGAGACCCUGAAGCAAGACUGGGAGUCCGAGAGAGAUGUCUGCUUAGAAAACCUGCGGCGAGAACUACUGGAAAAGCAUCAGUUAGAACUGGAGAAUUUACAGAACCAGUUUCAGAAAGAACUGGCAGAACAGAGAGCCGAAUUGGAGAAGAUCUUUCAAGCUCCAAGUCAGGCUGAAUGUUCCCCUCAGACUCCGGAGGCGCAGCAUGAAGCCGCCCCGAGGCAGCCACACGCAGACCUGCCGCCCGAGCGCUGCCUGUGCUUGGGAGACGUGGAGCUGAAGUUCAAGGAAAAGGAGAAGGAGAACCAGCUCGAGUUGGAGAACCUCCGCGCGUCGUACGAGGAGCUGCAGGCCCGGUCGCAGGAGGAGAUCCGGCGCCUGGGCGCCCAGCUGGAGUCGGCCAGGUCCAGCAGACAGGAGCUGAGCGAGCUACACGAGCAGCUCCUGGCUCGGGCGUCUCACCUGGAGGAGCUGGAACACCUCAAGCGGGACUUCGAGCUGCAGCAGCAGCAGGAGAGAACCAAGCACGAGUCGGAGCUGGAAGAAUUGAGAGUCUACUUUGAGGAGAAGCUGAGGGAAGCUGAGAGAGGCCACCAGGAAGACCUGGCCCUCUUAGAGCAGCGGCUGCAGGAGGGGAAGGAGGGCUUUCGGCCGCAGCCUGUGGAAACCAGCGCCUCUUUAGACGGGACGCCUGAGCCAGAGCGAGGAGACCGUCCCGACGGAUCGCGCCCUGGCCUGGAGCAGCAGGAGGAUGUGAGACUCUCGCUCCCUUUAGAAGAAAACCAUCGGUGCCAGCUUGCGGUGUGGCAGUCCUCCCAGGAGGUGCAGCUGGAGGCGGGCCUCGUGGGGACCCAGGUGUUGGAAGGGGAGCGGCACGCGGGGCUCUCGGGAGAGCCUGGCUCAGAGCUCGCCCAGGCGACCCUCCUGUGCGCACAGAGCGCGGCCUCGGACGUGGGGACGGAGGUGGCGGAUGGCGUCUCAGGUCUGGAAACUGAAUGCAAGGCUCAACCCCUGCUUGUUUCGACUGAGUUCAAGGAAGAAAUCGACGUCUUAAAAGCAGAGAAUAGAAAUUUACGCGAGAAGCUGCAGCACGAAACCCGCCUGCGAGAGGACUUGGAGAAGGUGAAGCGGGACUUGCUCGAAGGUCACCAGGAGGAGCUGAGGCACACCGAGCAAAAGAUCGAGCUCCUGAAACGAGACCUCGGGGACAGAGAGGCCGCGUGGCAGGUGACCUGCGAGGAGCUGGGGAGAGCGGCGGAGGAGCGGUUGUCUCGGAGGCUCCUUGAGCUGCGGGAACAGGCUGAGUCCGAGAAGCGGUCCUUGACCAACAGGUUUGAGCUUCGAGAAGCCGAAAUGAGGCAACUCCAGGACCGGCAGGCGGCCCAGAUCCUGGACCUGGAGGGCUCGCUGGUGGAGCAGCAGGGCCGCCUGCGGCAGUUGGAGCUCGGGCUCGCGGGGGACGAGUCUCUGCGGUGCAGCCAGUGCGGCCGGGAGCUGGGCAGCCCGGGCCCCGCAGACCAGGACCGGGAGCUCGCCACGCUCCACCUGCAGGAGCCCAGUGCCCUCCAGCCGAAGCCAGCCCAGAGCAGGCUUUUAGGAGAAUGCCGAGCAGUCACAGCGAGAUUGGCUGCCGAGCAAGAUGCCGUCCUGCGGGAGGCCCAGGAGACGCAGGCCCGCCAGCUCCAGCUGCUACAGGAGCAGCACCAGCAGCAGGUCCUGUCCGUGACGGCGGAGCUGGAGGCCAGGCACCAGGCCCAGAUGCAGGAGCUGAAGGCGUCCCUCGAGCGCGAGCAGUGGGCUCUCUCCGAGGCCCGGGCGGCUGAGCUGCAGGCGGAGCACGCGGCUGCCGUUGGUGCUCUGGAGACCAGCCACGCGUCUCACCUGGACUCUCUGGCGGCCCGUCACCUGUCUGAGGUGCAGGCCUUGCAGGGCAGGCACAGGCGGGCCCUGCAGCUUCUGCGUGCGGAGCUGGAGGAGCAGCUGCGGGAGGACGCGUCUCCCCGCGAGGUCCUGACUCGAGUAUUCAAGAAGCUGAAGCUGGAGCGGGAUGAAGAGCCUCCGUGCGCAGGGGACGGUCCCGAGCUGCCCGGGGCUUGCCAGGGUGAAUUUGAAAGUGAAGAGAAAGCUGCUUUUCAUGAAAAAGAAGUGAUACACAAACUUGAGCAUGAACAGGCACAGUCUCUGUACCAAAAAGAGAAAGAGUCUUUGUCUCUGCAGCUUCAGGAGAAGAAUGACCAAAUUCUGCAGCUGAAAGACCAGAUUUUAUCCUUACGUCACGAGGUGGAAGCGCGCCACUCUGAGCUGGAGCGGCUCCAGCAGAGGCGGGAGCGGGAGAACCAGGAGGGCGCGCACCUCGUCGCCAUGCUCAGGGCCGACGUCAGCCUGUCUCUCGGCGAGAGGCGCGCGCUCCAGGACGCCCUGCGGAGGCUGCUGGGUUUGUUUGGGGAGACGCUCAAGGCUGCCGUUGCCCUGAAGAGCCGGAUAAGCGAGCAUGUGGGGCUCUGCCUGGAGGACGAGAGCCCCCUGGACGGGCAGCCCGGGGCCCCGACCCCACCUGCAGCCCCGGCGCUCGACGAGACGUGGCCUUGGCCUGACGCAGCUCCACCGGAGCUGGACGGGACUUCACCCGAUGGCGCCGAGGCGUCGUCAGUGGCUGAGAUUAGCAGUCACAUCUGUGAGAGCUUCUUCAUGAGCCCGGAAAGCACGCUGGAGUGUGAGCAGCCCGUCCGGAGGGUCUUCCAGAGCCUGGGCCUGGCGGUGGACGGCCUGCUGGAGAUGGUUCUGGACUCGAGCAGGCAGCUGGAGGAAGCACGUCAGAUUCAUUCGCGUUUUGAGGAGGAAUUCAGCUGCAAGAAGGAAGAGAUGGCGCAGGUGGUGGGAAAACAGCAGGAGCUGCUGGAGCGUCUGGACGCGGAGCAUGAGGCCAAGGCCCGGCUGGAGCUGCAGCUGCACAAGGCGGAGGGCAUCAUCGAGGGGUUCAAGGAGGAGAAGGCCAGCCUGCAGGAGGCGCUGGGCCAGAAGGAGGCCAGCGAGCAGGGCCUGGUGGUGGAGCUGGAGGGCCUGAGGCAGCAGCUGCAGCGGGCGGCCCGGCAGCAGGCGGAGCUGCAGGAGGCCAACUCCGCACUGUGGAGCCAGAAGGAGGCCCUGGCCGCGGCCGCGGGCGAUCGAGAGGCUGCUCUUCGGAGGGAUGUGGAGUCUCUGACGCAGGAGCAGGCGGAGGCCAGGAAGCAGGCUGAGAAGGACCGCUCGGUGCUGCUCUCCCAGAUGCGCGCUCUCGAGGCUGACCUGGAGGAGCAGCUGUCGAGGCAGCAGGCGUGCGCCCAGCAGGCGGCCGAGCUCUGCGCUCUCAGGCAGCAGCUGGAGGCCCUGGACCAGCACCUGCGCCGCCAGCGGCAGUUCAUGGACGAGCAGGCGGUGGAGCGGGAGCACGAGCGCGAGGACUUCCAGCAGGAGAUUCAGAGGCUGGAGGAGCAGCUCCGCCAGGCGGCCAGGCCGUGGCCCCGGGGCCCCCGUGACAGCGACCGGGCGCAGCUGGACGAGGAGGUUGAGUUGUUAGAAGAAAGAUUGAGAGAAAAAUCAGACGGGCUUAAUGAACUGAUUGUAAAGAAAGAACUGGCAGAUAGACAAGUGUUGACCCAAGAAGAGGAGAUUAAGCGUCUGGAGGAGGCAAACGCCAGCAGCAGGCGAGAACUGGCGCAGCUCCAGGGAGAACUGGAGAGGCUGCGAAAGGCCCUGAGGGACCUGGAACAGGAUAAGGAGGCGUCGCAGGGGCAGCAGAGGAGUAACUUGCUCUUGGUGUCUACACUGCAGUCUAAGGUCGACGAGGGCAAAUGCCCGGUGCCUCCUGUGGGCGGCUCUUCCGAGGGUCCCGAAGUCCAGCUGGAGGCAGUGCAGAGGGUGCUCCUGCAGCGUGAGGAUGAGGUUUUGGACUUAAAGCAACAAUUAGAAAAAGUUAAAGAUGACUUAGUAAGUAAAAAUGAAGAAGUCCUGCACCUGAACUUGAAGUUGGACCUGCAGCACAGCAGUAUUGCCGCCAGCAUCAGAGAGCUGCAGGAAGAGAAUGCCAGUCUGAAGGCCGCGCACACCAGAAGUCCGGAAAUCGAGGAGCUCAGGUCCGUCAUUGAGACUCUGCGGCAGAACCAGGAGCGCUUGCAGAGGGAAAGGGCCGAAGAGACCGAACAGUUGCACGAGGUCAUCGAGAAGCUGCAGCGGGAGCUGUCCCUCGCGGAGCCCGCGGGGCACGAGGUCAGCGACGGCGGCGCUGGGAACCUGCGGAGCGAGCUGCUGGGUCUCGGGGCGGAGGGCGCCGAGGCCCGCGCGGCGCUGGAGGGCGAGCUGCACGCCGCCCUCGAGGCCAAGGAGGCCCUGAGCCGGCAGCUGGCCGAGCAGGAGCGUGGGCACGGCCGGGCCCUGGCGGCCCUGCAGCAGCGCCUGCGGGCUGCGGAGGAGGCGGCCGCCCGGCAGCUGCGCGAGCUGCAGCCCAGUGCCGCGCUCCUGGAGGCCGAGGUGCAGGGCCUGGCCUCCCAGAUCCGAGCCUUCGAAGCUGCCCUGGCCGCAAAGGGAGAGGAGCUGGCAGCGAGGGAGGCGGAGGUCGCCGCCCUGACCGCGCAGAGGUCGGCCCACGCCUCCGAGCUGGAGGCCCUGCUGUCGGCCGUCGCCCGCUUCCGCCGCGCCCUGGAACGGCAGCCGCUGGCGCCCGCCGAGCCCCCCGAGCUGCAGCGGCUCCGCGCACAGUGUGUCCGCCUUGGCCGCCAGCUGCAGGCGCUGACCCAGUGCUUCCUGAGGUGCCAGAAGGAGCUGGACGAGCAGCCGGCUAGGGGGCCGGCCUGCCCCCUUGCGGGGCGGGCAGCUCGCAGGGGCAGGGGCCCUGGGCCGAGGAGGCCUCCUGUGCUGAAGAGCCGGGGCAGGACGUGGGCAGCAGACAGCUGGCCAAGGCCCCCCAUGGCCAGGCCAGCAGCCCUCAGGCUGGUGUGCCCGCUCCGGAGCCCUGGGUCACCGCGCUUCUGCUCUGGCGCCUUUGGCCGCGCAGUGCUGAACCGCGCAGGCCCCCGCGGGCAGGACAGCGUGCUGUCGGCGCUCACCGCCUGCCAGCGGCAGCUGGAGUCUGAGCUGCUCCUGGCGAGAAAGGACACGCGCUGGUGUGCGGAGGACGGCGACCAAGUGUCGGAAACAGUGAAGGAUAAGGAGAAACUGCUAGAAGACUGUCAUCUGCGGAAAGCUGAUCUCAUAACUCAGGUGAAACAACUUCAAGAAAAACUGAAUCAUCUGGUAUGUUCUAUGAGCUUCCAGAAAGUCGAGAUGGAGGACUUUAAAUUUCAACAGACGUUGGCAUCUUUGCAUGUUUUAGAAAAUAGUUUGAGUGGUAGUUCCAGUAGCAGUGAGGAGGCCAACGGAUCACCUCCCGUCAGUGUGUGCAAUGACAAUGGAACCACGUGGGAUCUCACUGAUGUGACUGGAAAUCAGGAUGCGUUGAUAAAAAACAAGAUGCCAGAUGAUCCCAUGGCAGAGCCGGUCGCCUUGCAGGAUGGAUCAGGCAGCUUACAGGAGAGUUUGCAUGGGUGCUCCCAUGACCUUGCCAACACCGAGGGACCCGAGCCCGUGAAGAACAUGCUCAGGACGAUGGACCUGUCCUCCUGGAGCUCCCCGGAGGUCGCCAGGAAGGACUCAACCCUUGAGCCCCUGCCCAGCCUGCCCCUGACACCUUGCUCGGAUGCCCUGAGCCAGCGCAGCCUGGAUACCUCCCUAUGGGACGGGCCAAGCACCUGGCUGCUCCAGGCUGACCAGUCAGGCCUGCUUUGUUACCCGGACGAGUCAGCAGCAGGAAUGGCCCCUAGGCGGGCAGCGUCUCCGCUGGCUGCAGACAGGGCUCCCUCCGCUGACCGCCCUGCUCAAAGGGUGGCUGUGGAAAAAGACGUUGAAGAUUUUAUUAUAACGUCUCUGGAGUCUCAACCCGAGGCCAGAUCAUCACCUCCAGGGCCAGCCGGAAAGAAUGAAGGAAAGAGUGAUGGCUCGGGCUUCGGAGAGACGCUAGACCUGGGUUCGGAAAGCCUGGGCGCUCCCACUGCCGGGCCCGCCGCGCCUUCCGCCCCUGGGGGCUGCCGGCAGCCGCCGGGCACCAUGAAGGAGAAGGGCGUCCAUCCGAAGCGAGUGAAGGCUUUGCUGCAGAUGGUGUGCGACGAGAGCCACCACAUCCUGGCCCUGUCCGAGUGCCAUGGGCCCUCCAGCAUCCUGAGCAGGGGCGAGCCAAGGGGCCCGCUGGAGGCAGCGUCCACCCCAGUGCCCCGGAAGGGAGAGAAGGUACCGGCCUUCGAGGGAGAGAGGGAUCAGCGGGAGCGGAGCAGUGUGAGGCCAGCGCUCGGCCACAUCAGCGGGAAUGGAGAAGAGCCCUCAGACGUGGCCCUCGACUGGCGGCGGGAGUUUCUGCAGGUUGUCCAGGAGGCCUUUGAAAAAGAGCGGGAGGUGCUGAAAGCCCGACUCCGUGGCUCGGACCCCGGGGGCUACAGCUCCGUGCUGGAGAGGCUGGAGAGGGUGGUCCAGGGGCAGGGGGACCUGCAGGAGAGGUCCUUGGAGCACCUUCGCCUGUCGGACAGGAGCAGCCUGCUCUCCGAGAUCCAGGCUCUGCGCGCCCAGCUGCGGCUGACGCACCUGCAGAACCAGGAGAAGCUGCAGCAGCUGUGCGCGGCGCUGACCAGCGCGGAGGCCCGCGGGAGCCAGCAGGAGCACCAGCUGCGCCGGCAGGUCGAGUUGUUGGCGUAUAAGGUUGAGCAGGAAAAGCGCAUUGCUAGUGACCUGCAGCGGACCCUGAGCGAGGAGCAGGAGAAGGCCAGUGCCGCGCAGAAGCUGCUGGCGGUGGAGCGGGGCUCGGUCAGCGCGCUGAGGGCUGAGCUCUGCGAGUGCAGGGCGGACAACGAGCGGCUGCUCAGGUCCCUCAACGACGUGCAGAAGGAGGUCCUCCAGCUGAGGUCCGUGCUGGACAGUAAGGAGGAGGCCCUGCAGGCCGCACUGCAGCAGCUGGAGAGCCAGCGCGGGAAGGAGCGGGCCCUGCAGGGCCGGCUGGAGGAGGAGCGGCUGCAGCACCUGCAGAGGGAGGGCCAGAGCGCCAAGACCGUGGAGGAGUUGAGAGCGUCUUUGGAGAAGCAGCAGGCUCAGAGUAACCAGCUGUGUGUGGCCUUGAAGCACGAGCAGACGGCGAAGGACAACCUCCGGAAGGAGCUGCAGAUCGAGGCCUCGCGCUGCGAGGCGCUGCUGGCGCAGGAGCGCAGCCACCUCUCCGAGCUGCAGCGGAGCCUGGAGGCCGAGCAGGGCCGGUCGCGGGAGCUGGCCGAGGCCCUGCACCACGAGCGCCGCCUGACGGAGCGGCUGAGCCGGCGGACACAGGAGAAGCAGGUGCACGAGGCUCUGCUGCAGAAGCUGAAGGGCCAGGAGGCCCGCGUGCUGGAGCUGGAGGCGGCGCUGCAGACAGCCCUGCAGCGGGCCCUGGAGGCCGAGGCGCGCCCGUGCCGCGAGGAGGUCAAGAGGGAGCAGGAGGUAAGUGCCGCGCCGAGGCCCCCUGUGGAGGCCCCGCAGACCCUGGCAAGAAGGCGGGAGAGGCCUGCGCGGGCCCAGGCAGAGGUAGAGCAGCCCCGCGCGGCACAGGCAGAGCAGGCCGCAUGCAAGGAUACGAGGCCGGGAGCAGAGCUGAGGCCCAGCCGAACGGACGCUGACGAGUGGAGGAGGUGGCAGAGAGACAAGGAGAUGCUGCGGGAGUUGGCGCUGCAGCACCAGCGGGACGAGCACAAGAUCCGGCAGCUACGGGCGCGGGAGCUGCGGGCGCGGGAGCUGCAGGCGCGGGAGGCAGCGCGUCCCUGCCCGGAGCCGGAGCCGGAGCCCGAGUCGCUCCAGGAGCAGCAGCAGGGCCUGGAGACGGCGCGGCAGCAGCUCCUCUGUGCCGCGGGGCUGCUGACCAGCUUCAUCAACCAGACGGUGGACAGGACCCUCAGCGACUGGACGUCGUCCAACGAGAAGGCAGUAGCGUCUUUGCUGCACACGCUGGAGACACUCAAGUCUGACUUGGGCUCGUCCGGCUCCUGCCACAGGAAGACGGCAGCCGCGCUGCAGGCCCGGCUGGUGGACGUGCUGCUGAGCGACAACGAGUCCCUGCGCAGAGCGCUCAGCACGGUGACCCGGGAGAAGGCGGAGCUGUGCCGGGCCCUGUCCCAGCUGGAGAGGAGCCCCCGGGCCUCGAGGGCCCUGCAGGAGAGCUGCACGCGCCGGAUGGAGAAGUUGUACCUGCAUUAUUUGAGAGCAGAGAGCUUUAGAAAAGCCCUGAUUUAUCAAAAGAAGUAUCUUUUACUGUUGAUCGGUGGAUUCCAAGACUCUGAACAAGAAACACUCUCCAUGAUCGCCCACUUGGGCGUCUUUCCUUCCCAAGCGGAUAAGAAAGCGCCAGCGUCCCGGCCCUUGGCGAGGUUCCGCACGGCCGUCAGGGUGGUGGUCGCCGUCUUAAGGUUACGCUUUUUGGUCAAGAAGUGGCAGCAGGUGGACGGCAGAGGAGCCCUAGCGCCGGGCCGGGCGCCUCGACCAGCUGUUGCAGUGCCACGGCGGCAACGGUCUCCACCUGACGCCCUCGAAUCCCCACCAACCCGGGAUGUGUCUUCCAGCCAUGCCAGGGACCCUGUGCGGAAAGCCUCACUGUGCCGGAGGGACAGAUCCAGUCCGGCCCCAAAUCCCAGAUCUGAAAGAUCCCUGAGUGCUUCUCAAGAUCCAGAACGUUCCUUGACGGAAUAUAUUCACCAUUUAGAGAUGAUCCAGCAAAGACUGGGAGCUGCGCCACCAGAUUCCACUUCAAAGAAGUCCUGCCAGAAGAUUAAACAGUGAAUAAAAUCCUUGUGGCUCUCACCCGUGACAGUUGUAUUUGAGGAAAAGACCCAAUUUCCGAGGGAAGCAUGUGGUGCGGGCUGGCGCGCUGGGCGGCAUUGUCAUCAUACGUGUCCUCACGCUGACGCUGUGCUCAGAGCCAAGGGGGUGUUUUCCGUGUGGUUUUAGCACAUUGUAGCUUCGUAUUUUGGCCGUGUGGGCGCCUGCCUGAUCCUGCCGGCCUUGGCCUGGGGGAGGCAGAGGAUGGCUUCCUGCCCUUUGUUUUCCUAAAGUGUACAGGUGGAUGCUUUGUUUAAAAACCAGAACACACCAAAAAAAUCCAAACAAACAAACAAACAAAACCAAUAAAAUCAAAGCCCUGUGGUGUUUGUGAAUGGCCCUUGUGUUUUUUAGUUUUAUCCGGCUUCCUUUUAUCACUGGGAAAAAUACAAAACAUAGAAUUUAUGUUAAACUCUCGUAAGUCAAUAGUUUUCAGCGGAGGAGUUCCUCUUGUGGCUCAGCGGGUUAAGAACCCAACUAGGAUCCACUGGGAUGUGGGUUCAAUCCCUGGCCUCGCUCAGUGGGUUAAGGAUACAGCAUUGCCGUGAGCUGUGGUGCAGGUCACAGAUGCAGCUCAGAUCCUGCGUUGCUGUGGCUGUGGUGCAGGCCGGUAGCUGCAGCUGGCUCAACCCCUAGCCUGAGAACAUCCAUAUGCUGCAGGGGCGGCCCUAAAAAGCCAAAAAAAAAAAAAAAAAAAGCUGCAGGUCUUUGUCCUAGGCUCCCAUGAAACUGACAGUCUGUGGCUUCCUCAGUCAAUAGGCUGGAGCAGCACCCAGACGUGUCCUCUCAAGAUCCAGACACGCCAAGCCCGUGCCUUUCUUGGUUGUGGGCAGUGCAAGGCGCAGCCGGGAGACCGUGACGGUCCAGAGGCCACUGGUUCGUCCUGGAAUUGAGCCGUCGCCGUCCAGGGCACGGCUUCCUGCUCACCAGGGCCACUGCUGUGAUGUCCCCAGUGCACCCAAAUGAAAUCACGUCUCACCGUUGUGGAGGCUGCAAGUCCAGGAUCGGGGUGCUGCAGGGGGUUCAGCCGAGGGCCUCUGCUGGGUGUGGACGGCUGGCUCCUCCUUGUGUCUUCAGAGGUGCACUCUCAGGGCUCAUGGGAUCACUGCGUCUGUCUGUGAGGGCUCCACCUCGCAGCCUCAUCGGAGCCCAGGCCGUGUCUUGUCGCAUGGAUCGUCCCUGUGUCCAGCUGACAGAACAGGAGAGGCCCGCCUCUGACCUGCACCUGGAUCCGCACGGUGUGCUGGCAUCCGCUGCACCCCACACAGGCUCAGGGCCUUGGAAGAUUGCAGGUGGCAAACCAGGCGGUACCUCUGGCGGCCCACUUCAGGUGGAGAGAGCCAGCCGAGCCCUGAUCCGUAUGCGCCCUUGUCUGUGACUGUCCAGCUGGCCCUCCACGGCAGAGAAGAGACCGCAGGGGGGUAUCCAGCAGGUCUCUCCCGUCCCGCAGGACACGCACUGGAAGCACGCUCUGGUGGGCGGGGUGACACCUGUGGAUGUCACCCAGCCUCUUAAGUGGCAGGAAAGGAGACCUGCAUUGGCUCAACACCACCCCCUCUCACAAAGGCUUCCUGGCUUCUGCAGCUCCUCAGUCCCUGCACUGCCAACCACAGACGCCAACGCGGAGCCCUUGACGAGGCAGGCAGUCCCCUCCACCACAGAGGAGGCAGUAGUUGGUCCCACCAGGAACAGACACGUUCCUGUCUGCGGGACGUCUGCCAACAGUGCGAUCUGAGGACCUGGAGAAUGUCUUACCUGCUGCCUUAGCUCUUUGUGACGGCGCCUCUUUGCAGCAGGCCCACAUUUUAUUUGUUGUACGGUCGCACCUGCUGCACAUGGAAGGUCCCACCCAGCCUAGGGAUCGAAUCCAAGCCACAGCUGCAACCUAUACCGCAGCUGGGGCAAUGCUGAAUCCUUUAACCCACUGCACCGGGCUGGGAGUCAAACCCGCACCUUCCCAGCAACCCAAGCCACUGCACUCGGAUGCUUAACCCACUGUGCCCCAGUGGGAACUCCAGCAGCAGGCAUAUUUUAAAGCAAUGAAAGUGUGCAGGAUGAGCUCACGUGGAAGCCACUGGUGUCACCACGUUGGGGGAGCUUAUUGAGGACAUGACCUGUGGAAGUUUGACCUGUGAGCCAGACCCCCAACAGAGGCCCCCACCGGCUCCCUGUCCUUGGAAGGUGCUUUCUGCCCCAAGGCUGCAGCCUCGAGACCGGCUGGAAGGUGUGCAUGACCGAUGCCAGGCAAGGCCUCUGUAUAAGCGCUUAUGAUUGUGGCAGGUCGGUGCAGAGACCUAUUGCCCCUGGCCACCCAAGACAAACCUCGUGAGCCCCAGCAGCCAGGGAGCGCCGAAGGAGAGGCUGGGCUACAAACGGUGUGGAAAGAAUUGCAGCCAACUCCUCAGCUGCAUGCUGCAGAUGACCCAAUUUAUUAAACGAAAAGCAUCAGUUUUUAUACCAUAUCACAAUCAGGUUUCGUAUAAGAUUUGACAUUAACAUUUGAUUUAAAGCCCUUUCUGUUCCCUCCACCUGAGAUACAAAAAAAGGUUAGUUAAAACAUGUUCCUUUCAACUUUAGAUUUUCCUUCAAGAUUACAAACUUAAAGUUUCACACUGUAUUUUUCUUAAAAGGUCAACAACAGUAGUUAUUCUAUUCUAUAUUAAGAACAAAGCUUUAAUAAGCAAUAAACUAUGAUACCUAACAUUUUUUAACUAAAGGUGUAUGUAGUUAACAAAACGCAUGAAAGCCUUGGGUUCAUGGUAUUCUUAAAACUACGAUUUAUUUGGCGCCAGCAAGCUAAGCAUUUAACCUAUUGUGCUGAUUUACGUAAGUUCCAAACCACCAAUCUCAAUAGAAAGGCGUAUUAUACCCAAAAUUAUCAAAUGCCCUCACAAGGGAUGAAAGUUACAGGUGACACUGUUAUUUGAUAAAAAAUAUAUCUAUUAUAGAAAAUAGCAAUUUAUAGGCCAAACAACAUUUUUCCCAGCCCCAAACUUUUUAAGUAAAGGAACUGAAAUCAUAAGUUUCCCCUGUAUACUCUCACAAAAUAGGUGCCAUAAAUUGUUACUCCAAAACAAAGGCUUUUUCCAUUACAUUGUUUAAAUAACUUCACUCUGUUUUGGUUUAGGUGUUUUACGUACCUGGGGCAAAUCCUUAGCUGUAAGAAAGCUGUGAAUCAAAGAUAGAAAAAGAAGGAUAAACACAGAGAAAAUAGAUUAACAUAUUUUUUAGGGGAUAUCAUUUUUAUUUUCCUGGAGCCGAUGUUUUUCAAGGGAUUGCUCUGCAAUCCUUCUUCUUUCUUCAGCUUGUCUGUAGCUCUGCUAACCAGACAAACCUCAUGCAGGUGCUGACUGUGGCUUUGCUUUUUUUACUGGAGCAGCCUUAUGGCUCCCGACACUGUGGAUUGUGUUAAACCUGCCACUUGCCCAUCUGGAGUGUCCGCCUCUCUCUUGGUCUCUUGCCAUCAGAUGCAGGGGCCAGUUUACAAACUAACACCAUCUGUCAGCUGGAAGCCGUUACCUUGACUGAAGAGAGGGACUGCUCCCUGAAGGCUCCCUUCAGCAGCAGCUUGGAAAUCCCGCCUUUCGAGUUUGAGGUCAGGUCCCAAACUGGUGGGUGCCUUAAGCCGGCAGCGCGCGUCAUGCUACUUCCCUUACAGCCAGACUGCAGGGGUCGGAAAGUCAAGAGGCAGACUUGCGCUGCACGUGCCACGCUGGGCUCUCCGGUUUCUUGGUCACGUCAAGCACGGGAGCAGCAGGGCACCGUGUGUGCCACCUGGGUUCCCCGCGUCGUCUCCCCAUCGUGUAGUGAACGGAGGAGCAGGCUUCUCUCCUCCGGGGCCGAGGCAGGGACUCCUUUUGCCCUCUGGUUCCCAGAUGUGGCAACCCCAAGGUACCCAGAGAGCAUCCGUAGUUUAUAGGCUAGUGGGACAUGCGAUGUGUUCCCCGGAAGUUCAUCUUGGGGACAAAGACCUCUAACCUGGAAGAAUCUAAACUUGGCAGGACAGAAAGCACGAGUUCCCCGGCAGAUCACUGGGGGUCCUGCGAGCGGGGCCACUGCUGUUUCCACCCCUUGGCUUCAGAUUCAUGUGUCUUGCUUGUUGGGAACAGAGGGCCAUGGACAGGUCCUGUGCGGCACCCCGUCUUUGUAGAAUAUUACCUCCAGCCGGGCAUCUCAGCUGUGCCUUUGGCUGACCGACCCAGUGCUCUGUCCGCAGUGGAUCCCACGCUCACUGCAUUGCCUUUGCUACAAAGUGAAUCCCAUGUUUGAUAGGACACCAAAUGGGAUUCUUUUCUUUUUCCUUUUCCAUUAUGGUUUAUCCCAGAAGACUGGAUAGAGUUCCCUUGCUGUACAGCUGGACCUUAUUGUUAAAUCCAUUCUAAAUGUGAUAGUUUAUACCCACUGGCCCCGAACUCCCUGUCCAUCCACGCCUCCCCUUUCCCCCUCGAGAGCCCCAAGUCUGCUCUCCUUGGCCAUGAUCUAUUUCUGGUUUUUGUUUUGUUUUGUUUUACAUAGGAUCAUCUGUUCAUAUUUUAGAUUCCAAAAAUAAGUGAAUCGAAUCUAAAAAAGUGGAGAAAACCAUACAUGCACCCCUGUGCUCACUGCAGCACUGGUCACGCCAGCCAAGACAUGGAAGCAACCCAGGUGUCCAUCGACAGAGGACUGGAUAAAGAAGAUGUGGUACAUGUACACAGUGGAGUAUUACUCAGCCACAAAAACGCAUGGACAAUGCCAUUUGCAGCACUGCAGAUGGACCUAGAGAUUAUCAUACCGAGUGAAGCUUGUGAAGACAGUGAAGAUAAGAUUCAUGCGAUAUCAUUCACAUGUGGAAUCUAAGAAAAGGACAAAGUGAACUUACCUGGAGAACAGACAGAUUCAGACCUUGAAAACAGGCUUACGGUUACCCAGGUGGCCGGGGUGGGGACGGGCGGCAUGUAUACACGGUGUUAUGGAAUGACUGGCCAAUGGGGACCUCUACCCACUGUUCUGUGAGAAUCUAUUUGGGAAAAGAAUCUAAAAGAAUGGAUGUGUAUGU